AUGGCAUGUGGGUUUAUAAUAAUAUCAGGUGUAAUACCUUCAGCUGAUAAAACUGUUUUAAUUUGGACUCAAGAAAGUCCAAAUUCUCAAUGGGUCAAAAAAUUACUUCACAAUGAAAAAUUUUCUGAUGCAGCAUUGAGCGUUAAAUGGUCAUUAUCCGGUAAUGUUUUAGCUGUGGCAACUUCUGAUAAUAAGGUAACAUUUUGGAAAGAAAACUUAAAAGGAGAAUGGGAAAUGUUGACAGAAAUGACAGAAUAG